UUUCACAACCCUCUCUCUCUCAAUUGUGCUUGCCGCAAUCGCAACGCCUGGGCCGUUUCUUUUAUUAGGCGUAAGCGGGCGCGAGGUGGCCUAGGCUUGCCAGAUAAACUUUAGCCCGCAGCUGAGCCGCCACUGUGCACUCCACCGACUGCCUGUUAGAAAGUGGCUUCCCGCAACAAAGAAUGGUUACGAUCUGGCGUUUUGCGGAUGACAUCCUAAGAAAUCUUGGCACGUCGAGCGCUAGAGCGUCAAGCGACAUGAACGUCUCUCGCCGUCUCUUUUUUCCCUUCGUCUGCUCGCGCCUUUUCUGCGUUUCUAGUCACCGCGCUGGAAAUGUGCAUUGGGGGCCAUACUCGUAUUCACAUCAAGAAGCCGCACUGCACCGUUGCCGGCCCCACUUUGGGGCCAACCCAAAUCUCUCACUUAUUAUGGCACUGCGGCUCAAUGCUACUUUUUUGUGGAUAUACACGGCGCUUGUGGCUGCGGCAGAUUCCGUCCCCCAAACUCAAAACACGGCGGGGCAGAUUCCAUGUCGUGCCGGAACACUUGUUUCUGGCACUUGGGCCUGGGCAAAAUGAAGCAAGUCCAAGCCCAGGAUUUGGUGCACUUGCUCACCCAUCGAAUGCGCGAGAUUGGCCCGGCAAGCGAGAUGUGAGAGCAGGCUUGGGCGAAAAAACACUAGAAAAGCCCCAGGCGCGCCCGUCCACACAGGUGUCCUUUUUUUGCCCUCCCAGUUUUUUUCGGCCCCCCGGUUCCCACCCCUGCUUGCUCUCCGCCUCCCCCAGAUAUUCACCCUUUUCGUGCCCACUCCACCAGAAGCGGAACAAAAAAACACACAGCUUUCGGCCCCCUUUUUUUUCCCAUUGCCGUUCCAUAUUCAACAGGAACACCUGCUACUCUGUUGAAUCUGAACGUGACACCCAUUCAGAAUCCCUCCACCCGGCUGAAGUAGCGCCGCUUUCUGAGCCACGUCCAAAUCCCAUUCCCCGCUUUCUGCACCAUACUUUCGGAACCGACGCCGUGGAAAAACUGCCCGCUGUCACACCCAAGACUCUUUUCUCGGGAUUCGCCACUCCUGAUUGUACAUCUAGACUCAGCCGUGCCUGUUUCCUCGGCAAUUGCCAGCGUAUUGUUUCUGCUCGCUGCUCCAUUGUUCAAAAACCUGACCCUCCCCUCUUAUUUUUUUAAACACGCAAUCCCUAUCCAAGCCUCCCGUUCCUUAGCACUGGUUUUUCUUACGGCUGCACCACCCAACCUGAGCCUCCCGUUGUUCCUUAUCGA